GUUACUGAGGAAGCAAGAGCUAAGUCAGCUAAGCAGAGAGAAGAUGCUUCAUCGAGUCUUGAGACUGAGGAGGAGGAGGAGGAAGGAGAAGAUGUCCCACCAUCUUGUUAUAUCAACCUCUUAUUACACGUCAAUCAGGAGGUCCUCCCAGCAUAUAAGACGUUCAUGUCAUCAUUGCUGGAUGAAGAGCUGAAGAAUAUGCCAAGAGGACUGUACAAGUCUACCAUGCAGAGAAAGCAGUUACAACCGACCAAUCAGAGCAAAGUGUUUGAUAUUAUUCCAUCUGCGUUAUUAAACCGCUUUGAGAGAACCAAGCAGCCUGGGCUAAAGCAAGGAUUAGCAGUCGGCCUACUGUGCUGUUUUGAGCCAAAGAGGGACACCAGUCAUCGAGACAAUAAACCAGCUGUACGUCACCUCGUUAGCAAUGGCCGAGCUUAUCAACACAUGAUCACUACUCUUAUCAAUCAGAUUUCUGUUGAGCCGAGUGAAUGGUUGAAGUGGAUGCAGCUACCUCAUGGUUGGACGUCCCUUCUCCACAAAGCCUUCCAUGCCCUCAUUAAGAGUCGAAGUGCUGACCUGGAGAUACGACAAAGUCUCGGCCAUACCAACGUGAAUUCAGCUGAUCGCCAAGCUAAGAUGAGUAGCGCAUGGCUCUGGGCACGAGAUAAACUCACCGAUCAACUCAAGACAGCCGCCAAGAGUGACUCGGUGCUAGCCCAGAGUAAUUCAAUUCUGGUGUUGGCUAGCCUGGCUCUAGUCUCUACCCAGCAUUACCUGAGUCUAGAUGAUGAGGACAAGAGUGGCACAGGCUACCAGCCUACCCAUACUGGACACAACCAAUGGCUGCGGAUGGUUCUGGAUACUCUACUGAAUGUUCUGGAUUGUGGUUAUCAACCCAAAGGCCAGAUAUUCACCUGGUAUCAACGGCAACCUGGGCUACCGGCUCUCUCUACUGGAGUAUACAGCAAUGCAGCUGUAGGUCUCUCCAUGCUGGCUCCGUUACUACUCACUACGGACACUCAACUGCUGCUCUACGUCAUGGAUCUAUUGAGUAACGGGUUACCGUGGCAACCGAAGGCUCAUACAUCGCGCGAUGUGCAAAUGCAUGAUGGGAUGGCCGUGGGCAUGAUGAUGGCGAGGCUGCAUGAAGCUCACUAUGCUGACUAUGUGGGGAUGGAGGGUGAAGUGUUGAUGAUCAGAGUGCUGAAUUCUCUUGAGGAAGCCAGUCUAAAUAAGAUGGACGCAUCCUGUGGGGCAGUAUGCGGCCUCGCAUUGGGACUGUCGGCCAUGUCAAGAGAGGGCGCUACACAUACCAAGGCGCAUGUCGCCAAUAUGCAUCAGAGGCUUGUAACGAGGCUGGAGGAGGAAGAACCUGACUCGCAGUACAUGGAGGCUCUGUGUUUGUGUAUUGCAUGUCUGACGCCAGCUUGCUUCCAUAACAACAUCAUCAGUCCAAAUGAAGCCUUCAGUGUCGCUGUGAAAUUACAGACUCUGUGCCAACAACAUGAUAAGAGUGCUGGUCUGGCAGUGUGUUGCGGACUGAUGUCUCAUAGCCUGGUCUGCAGUAGUCAUCCGACCAUCGGCCCUCUUGUGAAAAAUGUCUUCUCAACAUGGUCCUCUACCAUCGACAGUCAGACUAGCCCUGUAUCGGAUAAAGUAGCAUCCCUGUAUGGCCUGACUGCGUUGGUGACCGGUAGCGGACUUCUUGUGCACAACACAGCGGAUGCUCAACUCCCAUCAGACUUACACAACAAAAGAGUUGCCGUUGUCAAACAAGUAAAUCAGAUGCUGUCUGAUUGGUCGGAUCCAGCUCUACAGAACACAGCAACAUGGAUGCUCGGAUACAUACAUCUCGUCUCAGGAUCGGUAUCACAGAGUCAAACUGGAGUUGCGCCAACUUAUUCCUACCUCCCUGAUACAAGCAUCUUAAGAGUUUGUAUUGACCAGUUAGUGCAGGCCAGUAAGAUACAAGUUGAGAUGAUGUCAGCGGAUAGGCUAGAGACGUUAUUGUCGAUCCUAGUAGCCAGACCUCCUCUACCACCACUCAACUGGACAUCUCUGCUGUCUCCUAUUCUGAGAUUACCGUACGGAGUGAAGGUACAUUGUUUGUGUUUGGAGUUGGCUGUUUCUCAGUGCCGGCACCAGUCUACUGCUGCAUUGUGUGUAGCCACAUGGCUAACUCCUACACUCUUUGCUACACUUAAGGAACCCUGCAAGGCCGUCUUGUAUUCAUCCCUCCCUUCGCUAAUCAAAGCUCUACCCAGCAGUAAACUCAAAUCAUUCAUUGAGACAUGCUUACUAGAGCCCUUUAGAGUAUGCGGUGUACACACAGUGCAUCAGUGCCGAGUCGUUCUAGAUGGACUUCUAGGGGCACUCGAGAUUACCGAUCCGCCACCAGGGGCUGUCAGCUUAUUGUACCAAGCAGUCAGGAAUGUGUAUGGUCUAGUACCGGCCUCUAUACAGGUACUUCAUGGCAGCAUAUUGGCCAAGUUGGCACAGUGUUUGUGUCAUCUACCUGGUGACGAUAUUGACUCUGUUACAUCAGCUCUAGGACAGGAUAACUUAGUCAAGUCAACAUUUGUGCGUUCAUAUCUCGUCUGUCACGGCAAGCAGUCUCUCAUGUGGUUGAAUGCGUGCGUCGAUGUUGGAAUGAACCUAGCCACUGAUGCUGAACAUCACAGCGUUGUGUGGAUCCUCUUAGUGGCAUUCACGCAGUGCGACUCUACUACACAACACACAGCCCCAAUGCAGAGACUUCAUUGGUUGCUGGAGCUCAUGGGACAUGCUAGUAAUGUAGCGCAUGGAAAGACGCAGUUAGCUCCAAACAGAUCUAUCGCAAAGGCUGUGCAGUUCUUACUGGACGUAUUCACUGCUGCUAUCAUAGCUUGGGCACCAACAGACUUGGUACUACUACUAGGCAUUACACCAAGCUGGUUCCCAGCCCACCCUCCUAAUCAAAAUGGCCAGCUAGCUGGAGACAGUGAGAGUGAAGCCGGUUACGGUGUGGGUACCAGUUUAGUUGGGAGUGGUAAGAUGGAGCUUGAGGACUUGUUGCAGUUUCUGUCUUACAGUUUACCUCUGCUGCUGAAGACUCAACCGUGGUCGCAAGUCACAGACAAGAUGUUGGAUUGGUUACUGGGCAUGCAUGAGGUUCAAGGUGAUGUGCUUUCUGUGAAAACCAAGAACUAUUUGAAAGGUACAUUGUACAGUCUGCGUCACACUCCCGCCUUCAAGAAGUCAGCUUGUUGGACAAGAGUUCACGGUACAUGA